AUGGAGAUGGAGAUGGCUACGGGAGGGGUAGGAACGAUAGUGCGGCUCCUCUGACAUCAUAGAUGCUCUUAUAUACCGGGUGGAAUGGAGCCCGCCAUUCCUCACUUCACUUCUGAGAAAGCCAAGAGAAGACACAGCAAACGGGUUGGAUAAGAAACCAAGAAGAGAGCAUCGUGACUUCUGCAGGACGUGCUGUGAUUUUCUCUGUCUGUAACUCUCUUACAACUUAUCUCUCUUAUUCUUCCAUCCGUUUUUAUAAAAUUUUAUGACCCUUAACCCUAUGGACUUGGGCCCAGCUUGAAUGUGCAGAAACUGUGGAACUACCAACAAAAUGCAGAUGCAGCUGACCUCCGUUAUGCUCCUUUUUUUAUUGUGUAAUGGACUAUGUUCAGAUAUAGACCAGGGGAAAAGGGCAAUAGAGGAAGAAGUACUGAGAAGUCUCCUCACUUCAAAGGUAAAGCAGAGCAAGCAUAUCGCCCCCCUGUGGCAGCUGCCUCUGCAGGAUGUGUGCAGGUUGAUGAACAGUCUCGGGGAGUCGUGGGGCAGCGAGGAGGAGCAGGAGGACGCAGAGGUUCAGGCUGACUAUGAGCAGAGGGUCUCAGGUACCCUCGCACAAACACUUGAGGAAAUGCAUGACCUUCGGAACCUCUGCAGGGUCCUGCAGCCUAGAGAGCUUCAAGAAGACCAAGAAUAUCUGGAGCUGGACAAAAACAGCGACAGUCCACUGAAGAGGAAAUCUCCCUAUAUACUAAAAAGGCAACUGCGCACCAAUAAAUCAAGACGGCCGUACAUUCUGAAGAGAAGUGUGUAUUACUGAUGCUCAAGACCCACAGAUGGAAAGACAUUUUUACAUUUUGUGAAUAUGUGUCUGUUUUGACUGUCAUAGUAUUACAGUAGCAAUAGUAAUUGUAUGUUCUGUUUUAGCUAAACCUUUAUGUAAUUCAGAAGUCAAUCCCUUCUUCUUCAUUAUGGGAUGGACGAUGUAAAUAAAACAGCAGUCUAUUCAAGAGUUUAUUAUAUUUAUUUAUUUAUUUAAUGUAUUUUUCUUCCAAUGUAAUUAAAUCAUACUUAUUAAAACUA